UCCAAACAUGGUGGAAAAUGUGAACUAAAAACUUCGGAAUUAGAUUGGCAAUUACAAAGCCUAUUAUUGGAAAUAUAUAUCGUUUCAUGAAGACAAUCAUACAUUAUAUUUUGUUUAAUUAUACUUAUUCCACACAGUUCUGGAAACCAUUCCAGGAUCUUGGAUUUGUUUAACCAAAUAACGACCAAAAGCUCAUCAUGGCGACAGCAGCAAUGGCUAGAACACUGACUGAGACAGUCCCGCCUGAGCCGACCUUGCAGAUGAGGCUGCAGAUUCCAGGGCUCCAACCAAAAGCUGCUUCAGUUGCAAAUAGCAAACUUAGAAACCGUCUCCGUCUGGAUCCUACCAGGGCAUUAGAACCUGCCCGCAAGAAGAUUGCCACAAUUGAAGCACAAAGAAUCAUGUCAGUUUUUGAAGACACAAUAAUGAAGUCUGAAAUUGUCACUCUAACUCCAUACAUCAUUGAAAACCUUGACCGAUUCCGUGUGAAUAUGGGCGGUGAUUUAUCAGAUCUAAUGGAACACCAUGCUGUUAUAUUAGGCAGUUAUGAAGAAAUUAAGCAAACUUUGGAUAAGCAGAUGUCGAGAACUAGUAGGAAAUCAAAAGGAAAAGGGAGAAAAUCUAAAUCUCCUACAAUGUCUGAUGAUGGAAACCAAAUGUUAGAUGAAUUGCAGCCAGCUGCCAUGGCACAGUCUCCUUCACAACAGUCUGGUAGCGCUUCUCGUCAGUCAAGCUUUCGACCAGAAUCUGGGGGCAGUGGAUCUGGAAGCUUCAGCAGGCCUAAUAGUUCAAGCAGUAAUGGGUCUAAUUUCAGCAUGGAUAGCCAGAUUGAGCGAACUGUGAGAAGUCUCACAAUGGUUGCCCAACAGCUUAACACUUCCUGCAAGAAUGUUCUCAGAGCUUUUCAGAGUAACCCAUCAGCAUUGAAUGCAAUCAAACAGGCAUAUGCAAAACGUGGGGCCUCAGCCAAGUCUUUCAUUCAGUAUUUGAAUGAACUUAAAGACAUUCUUAUGAACAAGUUAUUAACAACACCAGAAGAGGAAAAAGAGAGGAUGGACUAUCUGCAAGAGAUCUCCAAAAGGGAAAGAAAUAAUGCAUCCAUUAUUGAAAAACUUGAGGCUGAAUUAAAAAUAGCACAGGAUGACAAGGAUGAAGAGAUCAAGAAGAAAAAUGAUGUCAUUCGUGGGCUGCAAGCAGAUCUUCGACAGAUACAGAAGUUUUCAGAAGAUCAUAUAAGACGUGUUAAUUCCGAGGCAGACAAACAGAAGGGUGCGGACAAGAAAAACAGUGAGGGCCGCAAGCAGAGAUUGACUCAAGAAGUUACACAGUUGCAGACAGAAAAGCAGAACCUAGUCACAGAACACAGAGAAAAUGAACAGGAACUAAGAAAGAAAAAGUUUAAGAUAGAGACUGAAGUGGAAAACUGGAUUCAGAGAUAUGAUGCUGACAUGGGUGAACGCCAGGAUGAGUUCGAGGAAAUAGACGAGGUAUACACGCAGGAGAAGACCCAGCUUCACGAGCUUGAAGAGCGCUUCAAGACACUGGAGGCUGAGUACAACACCAUCAUGGAGGAGCGUCGUCUGGCCCGUGAACGUCGUGAGGCUGCCGAACGGGAGCUUGCUCUCAUGAUCAAGGCGUCUACCACCAUCCAGGCUUUCUGGAGAUCAUUCAAGGUGCGCAAGGCCCUCAAGUCCCGCAAAAAGAAGGGAGGGAAGAAAAAGAAGUAGUGUGCUUGACAGUUAUUGGAUUGCUCUGUGUCUUAAAUGUGUUUUUUUGUACAUUUGGACCAGUAAGUUAUUUUUUAAAAGUUAGUAUAUGCAGAAAGGAUAGAAGUCUUCAAUUGAUAUGAAUGUAUUUGGCUUUUAUCAUUCUGUGUGAACUUUUUAACAAAAUUUCCAUUGGCUCAUGUAUUAUUAUUUUCAAGUUUUGCUGAAUAUUUGUUAGAAAUCAAGCAAUUCAUUCUUUUUUUGCAUUUACGUUUGUUAUGGUGAUACAAUUGUUUUUAGAUCUAGAUGUACAUGUUAUUGAAAAAUAGCAGCUUUGAUACGCAUGUAGAGCAAUAGGAAAAUGCUGUGAUAUAAAACAACUUCUGUUUUUUUUUCUAAAACUCAUUUCUUAACUAUCUGUCCAUUAAUAGCUUAAAGGUUAAAUUGUUCACCUCCAAUGCCUUCAAACUUAUUAUCUUUUUAAUCAAACAAUUGAAGCAGCUAACACUGUCCAAAUCUAGAAGUAAAACUUACUUUUGUUGGGUUUGAGUCACAUCAUUCACUGCUGUUGGUCAGAACAUUUAUAAUUAUAAAUCAGAAGAAAAAAAAUAAAUAUAAAGACAUUUGUUUACAUUGUAUGAAAUUUCUAAAUUAUUACUUGUUUGUGUAUAAACCUGUUUUUUUGAAUCUUCAUUAUUGCCUCAUUUAUGUCAUGCAAGUGUUUUGAGCAAUUAUCAUCGAUUAUGUGUGGACCCAUUACUCUCAAAUUGGUAAAAUGUAUAAAGUUAUGACAAUGAUAUACAAAAAUCAGUGUAUGAAAUGACUUUUUAGUAAAUGUUUUGCUUUAUUAUGCUGAAAGUUAUCAUUUACAUGAAAUUAGGUUUUUAGUUACUAUUUAAGUAAGAUAAUACUGUGUUAUGUGAUAUUGUUAUCAUUUAUGAUUUAAGAUUGAAUAAUCAUACUUAUAUUUGAUGUAUUAAAAUAUGCAG